UUGGGAAAUCACAUAUGGUAUAAAAAUGAAUUCUCUUAAUUGGAACAUGCAAUUAACCGGAAAAAUCCACUCUCUACGCUUGCACUCUAACAGAUAAUUUGUGAAAAAGGAAACGUAGUCAGAGCAAAACAUUUCCUCUUUUUAUAAACCUGGAACUGAGUAUGUCCCUCACCAAUUACAUAGGGUCCCUGGGGCCUCAACUUUCCACAAGUGGUUAGGUCUCUAUGGCAAUGCAGCUGGCUGCUGGAGCGGAACCCAGGUGACAAAGCGGAACAUAGGUGACAAAGCGGAACAUAGGUGACAAAGCGGAACACAGGUGACUAGGCAGAGGCAGGCGCUGGGUGACCAUGGGGAGAAGGUCUGGAUGCAGAAGGUCAUUAACGGUCUUCUUGAGCGUCUAGGAUUGAUACUCUGCUUUUUGAGAAAAUGCAGACCUCCCCCCCACCCCCUCACCCGCCCCUGCCCCAGGCUGCCUCGACUUCCCACGUCUUCUGGAAAGCGGGCGCUGUGCACCGCUGCUCCUGAUGGCUGCCUGCGCUGGGACUGGCGUCUCCCUCUGGGACCCCACUUCCGUUGAUGCCUAAGCUUCGCCCUUCUUGUGCCCUCAGAGGCUUGACUCAGGUGAAAGGAGUCCAUUUUGGCCAAGCCCCCGGUCUCAUGCAGCCGUUCAGCAUCCCCGUUCAGAUUACACUCCAGGGUGGCCGGAGGCGCCAGGGGAGGACAGCCUUUUCUGCCUCAGGCAGAAAUAGAAAUAUAGACCAUGAUGAUGGAGACUUACCAGAUGUGCACAAGAAGCUGCCAUCCAGUGCUGGAGAGGACCGAGCCUUGCUGCUGGGCUUUGCAAUGAUGGGCUUCUCAGUCCUCAUGUUCUUCUUGUUUGGAAUUACCAUCCUAAAGCCUUUCAUGCUCAGCAUUCAGAGAGAAGAGUCGAACUGUACUACCAUCCACACUCAUAUCACGGACGACUGGAUGGACUGCGCUUUCCCCUGUGGUGUAGGCUGCCGAGGCCGGGGCGAGUACCCAUGUCUUCAGGUGUUUGUGAACGUCACCCAUUCAGGUCAGAAAGCUCUCCUACAUUAUAAUGAAGAGGCUGUCCAGAUAAAUUCCAAGUGCUUUUACAUACCCAAGUGCCACCGAGAUAGGAAUGAUUUGCUCAACAGUGUGCUGGACAUAAAGGAAUUCUUUGAUCACAAAAACGGGACUCCCUUUUCAUGCUUCUACAGUCCAGACAGCCAAUCUGAAGAUGUCAUUCUCAUAAAAAAGUACGACCAGAUGGUUACCUUUCACUGUUUAUUUUGGCCUUCACUGACUCUGCUAGGGGGUGCCCUGAUUGUUGGCAUGGUGAGAUUAACACAGUACCUGUCCCUGCUGUGUGAAAAAUACAGCGCUGCACUCAGAGAUGAGAUAGGUGGCAAAGUACCUUAUAUGGAACAGCAUCGAUUCAAACUGUGGAGUGUGGGGAGGGACAAAGAAAGGGGCAGAAAGAUCUUAAGACAGUGGCCAGAUUAAAGUCCUGGCAUUCAGAUACCUGCAAUUUUUUCACCUGUGGAUCUAAUGACACCUGCUCGCAAACUAACCACGUAGAGGCAAUUCAAACUAAGUACAUUUCUUUUGGGAAACAUUUUAAAAAAGCCUCACUAUGUAUUCCAUUUAUUCUAUGAAUACAUACAAACUCACCAUCUUUUUUCUACCCCACAUUUCUUUCCACAUGAGCCAAGGAAGUGCUUUUUGUCUCCACAUGGCGAAAUGAGCUCACAGUAGCUGUGCUUUAUCUAAUUUCAGCUCUAGCCGAACUUGUCCGCGUGGAAGUAAAUGAUGGAGGGUAUCUAACCUAUUGAGUACUGAACAGCCAGCCUAGGUCUAUGCAACACAGUUUACAUCAAAACAUUUCCCAAAAAAGUGCUUAGUGAAGAACAGGUCAUUCACUGUUAGGAAGAUAAUAAUCUGGCAAUUUCAAAAAAAUGUGGGCCGACCAUUUUGCUUCACCAUUCAUGAUAAAGGAAAGCUGCUCCUAGCAAAUGGCACUGAGUUUAGAGUUCUCUGUACUUAACCUUGCCAUGUACCAUGUAAUUUUUCUUUCAGCAACAUUCUCCUAGUUAAUUAUGCUUUCCAUAAGCUCAUUUUCUUCUUUGUGCACAUUCUGGUGGGGGUGGGAGAGAUGGCCAGAAACGUGAAGUAGGGAGAAGCUGUAUUGUAUGGAAUUUAACAUUCAUCUCAGAUAAUCUGCAAUUGUAGAAAAGUCCCACGUGGACAGUCAGCAAACAUCUGUACUUUAAUGACUCAACCCUGGUUAUUAACUAAUGAAUGUCACAAGGCUCUCCCAACAAGUGCUUUCUAGAGUAAGCUGAAUUGGGAAUUGAAAACAUGUAUUUGUUCUGAAAACCAAUGUGCCUCAAAGUAUCUCUUCAAUUUUACUAAAAAAGUUUUACAUCAUGGUCCACAGAAAGAAUGAUACUUUGAAGCAACUUUUAUAUGCAGAUGUAAUUAAAACAGAAAUUUUGAUUCCAAGUAAAUAUUAUGCCUUUUAGCAGUUAAUUUCAAAUCACAAAUUACUGAAGAGACUGAAUGAUUAAAUAGAGCAAUAUUGACUUGACAAGUAAUGAACAAUUUUGGUACUUUCUCCUCCUCCUAGUGUGGAAUAGUAGAAAACACAUGUGUUUCAGAGGAUUUAUUUGAAUUCAUAGGUCAUGACUACAGCUUUUCAGAUACGUAUCCCCUGGAAGUUCAGCUGAACUGAAAUGAAGGUUCAAGCCUCUCUCUUCUCAUUUAUAAAAUGGGGAUAAUCUCUUCCUUCAUGGGGUUAAGGAAGAGACAAGGUAGAGUAUAUAAAACAGCUUAGUUUCUUGCACCUAGUAAAAGUGCUCAAAAAAUGUUAGGUAAAUUUUUUUUGCUAAGUUUCAAUAUUCAGUCAGCCUCUUUUGGGUAUGUAUCCAAAGGAAAUGGAAUCAGUAUCUCCAAGAGACAUCUGUAUUCCCCUGUUCAUUGGAGCAUUAUUGACAAUGGGCAAGAUAUGGAAACAACCAGUGUCCAUUCACAGAUGAAUAAAUUGUGAUCUUACACACACACCCACACACACACACUGUACACACAUAUGUGAGGUGUGUAUACAUAUACACAAUGGAAUAUCAUUCAGUCUUAAAAAAGGAGAUCCUGCCAUU